UGUGUUUGUAUGGGCACCAAUAGUAAUCAUAUAUACGUUAUUAUGUUAUUAGCAACAUAUAUUUCAAAACGUAUAAGACUCAAAGACAAUAACAAGUAUCAUUAUAAUAAUUGUUUGCAGUAUUAGUAUUUUUGUAUGUGAUAUGUAGAAGAAAUGAACAAUCACACACACACUCACAUUCUAUAUUACUAAAAUAUCUAUAACUGAAUUGAAAGAACUGCUUGAUUGAAGUUUAAUGCUGAUCUUAAUAUUCAUAUUCAGAAGGUAAUGCCGAUAUAUGUGUGUCUGGAAAGUUUUAUGUGCAAGACGAAAAUUUAUCGUUUAAACCUAGUCAUUUUUCCUUUAUCGGGAUAUCAAAUUUGUUUUCCCAGUGUAUAUAUCCACUUUUACAAGACUUAGUAUCUAUGAAAUCCAAAUCUGAAUAGAUAGCGCGCAAACAAAUAGAAAGAAUGGCACGUUUUUAAUUGAACGAAAGGAAAAUGUAUUAUGGCGAAAAUCAUAUAAAAUGACACUUUUUCUAAACGAUAUUCAAGUUUUGUUUAUUCAUUUAACAUUGGAAAUCAAUAAAGACCACACAAAGGACUUCACAUUGGUUCACCUAUUGAGAAUUACAUGACAAAUGUAUUGAAAUCUGCAAAGAAAUAUCCAGAUUAUUAUGAGAGGAUGUUUAAGAGCAACUCAGAACUGAGACAACAAUUUCCACAGAUAAAUCUUCCCGAUUAUUAUGUUGGUUUGCUUGAUGACACUGCUUUAAGACUGCUAGCUGAUGAAAUUCUCAAAUAUCUCUUGGAGAUGUUCGUUGAUUCUGGAGGAAUAGUAUAUACCGGAACAGUUAGUCAUAUUACAACGGGGGAUAUUACUACAAUUUCCACACAGAAUAACCAAUUCACAUCCAAGAAAAUUGUGAUAGCCACUGGUCCCUGGUCAAACUGUAUACUGAAAGAUCUAGGUCUUGAAGUUUAUCUCGAAACCCGGCAUGUCAUGUUAGGAUACUGGAAAAUAAAACAGUCUGAAGUUACUUUAGGGAAAGAUUUCCCAAGUGUAAUGGAAUGGAGCGACAGAGAUGACACUGUUUUGUGGUCUAACUUCACAACAGAACAUGGCCCAUGCAUGAAGAUCGUUCAUGUUGGUGAAAAAAACGUGGAUCCAAAUAAAUUCAGUUCUUUAGAAGAUAAAGACCUGAAGUUCAAAAUUGAAGCACAUGCAAAGGCAAAGUUCAACCAUUUGGAAGAGCUUCCAUUGUUCAUGGAAAACUGUAUAUACUCGCAUUCACAAGACAGCAAAUUCAUCAUUGGGCACCAUCCGAAGUGUAGUAACAUAAUUUUAGGUGUCGGGAUGUCAGGGAAAGGUUUUGGUUUAUCCCCUGCAAUAAGUGAUGUAAUCUGUGAUCUGAUUUGUGAUAGAUCUCCAAAGUAUGACAUAUCGGAGUUCAGAGUCAAUCGUUUCAGUAAAGGAAACCUUUGUAAAAUGUAAAACGUGUAUAAAUCAAACUAAUGAAAAUAAUGAAUAACAUUUAAUCUAUUGGCAAUAAUCUACUGUUUCCUUUUUAUGGAAGGUGUAUUUCUCAGUUGUUAAGGGUCAAAUCUCAAUGAACGUAAUAUUUUUGUUACAUAAUAGUUUUUAGAACAGGUAUGCAGAUAACAUAUAUUCGUAAAACUCUAACUGAUAUAUAUAUCUCAUGCAUAUUUUGGACGAAAUUAAUUAUGAAUACGUUGUGAAAGGUUGGAUGAUCGAGAUGAAGGGUGGGAAAAAUUGACUGCCACUCUGUGGAACAUGAUUUGAGCAUACAAUUGUUUCCAGUUUCUACGUCUAAGGGGUACGACUCUCCUGCAAGUGUAGUUGUUUGGCAGAGUGAAGUGUAUACAUAUAGUUAAAGUUCCACGAUCUAAGCGCACAGAACGCUUGCAGCAACACACGCAAGAAGCCUGUUGCAAGGUUAAAUGUACUGACCACAUAUACAAAUUAUAAUACUGUAGACUCUGCAUAACAUUGCUUAGUAGACUUAUUAAUAAAGAUUCUUAUUUUA